UCCACACCGCCAUCGUCCAAUCCUCUCCUCACUACCAACAAUAGCGAUGGGAGAUAGCGGGCUCAAGAAGCAGAAGAGGGCACCUCGAGCUUGCGACGUGAGUUGAGGUUGCGCUGGAUGAGGGCGAGAGUAAGCUGAAGUUGACCUUUGGCCUCGAUGCUACCCUCCACCCUCUCACUCUUUGCGCAGGCCUGUCGAACUCGCAAGGUCAAAUGCAGUGGAAUUGAAGAGGGACAUGAAGCUUGCUCGAGAUGCCAACACCUCGCUCUGACUUGCGAGUUCAAGAUGCCGAUUCGAAGGCCUGCCCCUUCUUCAACGGUCGAGGACCUCCGUGAUCGCAUCCGCUACCUCGAGGAGCAGCUACGCUCAGCAGGAAUCGAUGCGGGCGACGACGAUUCGCACCUCUCGCCCUCGCCAGACGAUGACGACCAGACGGAGCAAAGCGAUGUUCAGCAGCAUCAUACUAUGGGCGCAUUCAUCCCCACGCACAUUUCCGUCGAUAAAAGCAAGGAUCAACUCAAUCUCGUCCACUCGUUCAGUCACUCUUGCGAAGUCGCGCCUACGAGCAACGACGCCGACAAUGAUUCGCCGUCUGGCGCAUCCGCAGCCGCAGCCACAUCCACGUCCAAUUCGUCUCCCUCGCAGCACCAGCCACAGCAGGACCCAGGAAACGUCUACAGCUUUCUUGGAUCGAGUUCAGCCUUGUUCCCGCUUACCAUGACCAAGCAAGUACCACAGACGCUCAAAGCUGCAGCGCAGGCAAAGUCGAUCAAGAAGCUCGUCCGCCUCGAGUUCUGGGAACUAGAGCCUUCGACGCUCAAGAAGCUCGAUGACAAGCUCGCCCAGGAUACGCACGCCUUUUGGCCGGACGAGGAGAUGGCUCGCAACCUCAUCGAUACCUACUUCGACCAACUGGCUCACCGCCAUCCACUAGGCUUCGAUCGAGACGACGUCUGGCGGCAGUACAACGAGGACCCGUCACAAGUAUCAUCCGACGUCAUGCUCGGUCGCAUGUAUGCCAUCUUCUCUCUCGCCGCUUGGCACGCAAACGCAGCUCUCGACCUAGUCAAUAACAGGCUGCAUCUCGCAGGCCUGCAAUGGUACCUCGCCUCUCGCAAAGUGGUCACCAUGGACUCUCAAGUUCCUGCACCCCUCUCCCAUCCCCUUGCCAUUGCGCAAACGCUUAUUCUGCAAGCAUGCUUUGCCAUGACCCAUCCACCCUUCAUUGGCGUCGCCUUCCGCUUGGCAGGCGGAGCACUUGGAGUUAUGCAGGACAUCGGCGGCCAUCGCCAAACGAUCAUGAAGCAGCUCGGAGCACAGGGGCAUGGACCACAGGAGCGUACCCUCACCUUCUGGACUUGUUACUCCAUCGAAAAGACCCUAGUCACCAUGGGCGGGCGCCCGUCAUGCCUGUGGAGCGAGUGGGUCGACGCUUCUCUGCCAGACGAGGAGAGCUCGCUGUGGAUGGAGGCUCAGGUGGCUCUUCUGACAGAAAAGGUGCUCAAAGCCAAGUAUGCGGCCAAACGACCCCCGCCAAAGGUCACAGCGGAGCAGCUCAAGCAAAUCGACACGCAGAUUGCUUUUCUUACUACAGAGUUCGAGAAGCGCAAAGAGGCAAUGGGGCCCGCUACGAGGGCAAAUGUGCAGAUGAGCAUCGAUGGGAUCCAUCUGCUGCUUCACCAGCCGGAGCUACUCGUCAAGAACCGAGGUGACAACGGCGAUGGUCACAACGGCGGCGGCAUCUCUCCUACGACGAUGGCAACCUGCACACGCGCCAUUCGUAGCAUCAUAUCCGCAGUGGCAGAUUUAGACGUGGGCUCGCUCAGCGAAUCUUGCAUAGGCCAUACAUGCCGCGCUGCCGUCCUCGCCCACGUCCUGAGUCAGAGUGAACGAGCAGAGGUGCGCGAGGCAUUCGGUGGUCAAAUGAAGGCUGCGACGAGCGCAAUUAUCAGGAAGGGCGAGUCGCGAUGGAUGAUAUCUGGCAAAUUGAUGGACCUGCUCAGCCUGCCCAGCAGCGAGGAGGAGGCGAGAGAGAUCAAGAACUGGCCGAGACGGUCUAUCUCGGGCAGGCAGAAGUCGUUGCUUCAGGAGCAACAACAGCAACAGCAGGAGCAGGCGGCUGCAGUGACCGGUCAGCCGAAGUAUUAUUCCAUGGGCCUUCCUCUGUCCACCUCGCCGACGGGCAGUAGUGUGCCCUCCGCCCCGACGGCGGCGUCAAAUUCGUUCAGCAAUCCCUUCGCCGACCUCCUCCCCUCGGCCACCACACCAUCCGCCUUCAGCGGUAGUCACGGCUCCAUGGUCACCAGUCCGCAGCGCGAGGUCGGGGCCUGGCCAACAGGCGCUACGCCAGCUUCAGCCACUUCUGGCUCCAUGAGCGCAGCCUCAGGCUCAGAGUCUUUUGACAGCUAUGCGGCGGGGCCAAAGGCAAACGAGGCAAGCAACGACGCAUGGACCGUCCUCUUCCCGACACUAGGUCAGCUCGAGUGGCCCAUCACUAGCUCGGGACCACUGCAGCAACAAGGUCAACAGCCUCAAUAUCAGCAGCAGCAGCAGCAGGCCGUGGGAGGGAUGACCCCCUUCUUCAGCUCGAGCGGCAUGACACCCGCCCAGCAGCAACAGGGUACGCCAGGCUUUCACUCUGACGGCAGUGGCAACAGCAGCUCACAAAGCCCUUCCUCGGGGUCUGGCUCGGGCUACAGCCCGGAGAAUGCAGCGACGCUGCUCUUCAACUUUGAUUUUGGGGCGACGACCGCUGGAUGGUUCUGAGCCCGAUCUCCUCUUGUAUUUGUACCGUUUCCGUAGUGUAGCGCGUCACCGUGGCUCGUCGUUCUACCUUUGUCUGGAAUAUCAUCAUGUGUUUUUUUGCGCCUACCCUGCGUCACGAAUCUCAGUCAUUCUCGCCCCUGCCUCAUGAAGAAGAAGUAGUCUGUGUCUAGAUCGCAUCGCAUUGCCGUCAACUCCGCCUGGUAA